UAAAGUUAGCAUAAAGUCUGAACCCUUCUUUCAUCUCCCUAGCCAAUCUGAUAGGUAGCUCUCGAAAAAUAAAACAAAAAUUAUUUGCAAAAACAAAACCCAGUAGAUAAACAUAAUGGGAACUCCUAAUUGGCCGGAGAAACUGUCAACCACCCGGAAAAAGGUGAUCAAAGAGCUGGUUGAUGGGCAGGAUUAUGCAACCCAGCUUAAGAGCCUCCUCCACAGACCCACUGAAGAUCAUGAGUCUCUCUCGGCUGAGGAGCUUGUCUCGAAAAUUUUAAGAUCUUUCUCCGAGACUCUUUCGGUACUGAGUUCUUGUGAACAGGGCGAGGUUAGUCAGAGUCAGGCGGUUUCCCAUGCUGAUUCACAUUGCGAUGUCCGAAGGUCUGAAGAUUCUGGCGAGAGUAGAAAGAGGCUCGCUGCCAAAGAUCGGAGAGGUUGUUACAAGAGAAGCAGGAAGACUUCUCACACAUGGGCAAUAGUCUCUCACACAACAGAUGAUGAUCACGCAUGGAGGAAGUAUGGCCAAAAGGAGAUCCUCAACGCUAAAUACCCAAGGAGCUACUUCAGAUGUACACGCAAGUACGACCAGGGUUGCGGAGCAACCAAGCAAGUCCAGAGAAUGGAGGACGAUCCACAAAUGUUCCAGACAACAUACAUUGGCCAUCACACAUGCAGAGAUAUACUAAAGGCACCGCAAAUCAUCACAGACUCUGACCCUUGGGAAACUUUCUUGGUCAAUUCCGACACGAUGAUGAUGAAUAUCCCUGCAGGUAAACAAGAUCGUGCCCUCAGCUCCUCGACCACAACUAUAAAACAGGAAUCUUUAGAGUCACCGAGUGACCUGACUGAUAGCAUUUCCUCGUUCGGUACUAAUUUGUGGUCGGAAUUGAAGGCUUUCGAAUUUUUGGAGCCUGCGAUCAUGUCUCCGAAGAUGGGGUCCGAUAACGGAGAUGUGGGAUCUACCAUGUACUCCUGUACGGAGACCUGUUCUCUUAGUUUGGACAUGGAUUUUGAGGGUGGUUUCGAUUUUGAUGGUAGUGAGUUCCUAUAGCUAUAGCUAAAACGCGUCAAUUGCAAAAGUUUGAAGACCAUUUUUCCGUGUACCACGUGACGUAAGAGAUUCCCACUUGCGCAAAGAAAUUAAUAAUGCGAUGUUUUAUAUCAUGCAUGUGUGUGUGUGUACGUGGAUGCUUUUGACGCGGCAGAGGCCGGGCCCCGGAAGAUGAUCGAAUUUCCAAAGAUGCAUGGAAAAUCUGCAGAAACGGUUAAAAUUGUGGGGUCACAUUACAGGUAGCUAAGGGCUGAAUCGAUCGAGUGGAAAAGCUUGGUAUGUUUGAUCCUGAUAUAUUCUCUAGAAAUGGCCUGAAACAUACGCUGCAUUCACACGUUUGAUCUCUAAAUUAAAUUCUAAAAAAUAAGACGAAAGGUGACCAAGCGAGUGGGACCGUGAUGUCGAAGUGCAGUUCGAGGACGAUGCGUAUUAAAUUAGGGGGAAUUGGAUACAGGGUGGAAAGUUGUAGAUUGGUGAAAGAAUGAAAGAACAGUGCUUUCACGUACAAGCGUUUUUUAUGACAUGGCGUGCUGCCGUGUUAGUUUGGACAUGUUUUUUUUUUU